AUGGUGCGACGUGUCUCCAAAUUGAAAGCCGGUUGUGAUAGUCCUCCGCCUGAUCUGGAAGAGCAAGAAUCAUCUGUUUCCACGUGGAAUGGUUGGCGGGAAGGCGGAAGUAGUAGCGUCGCUCGAUGCGGUGCGGUUAACACUAAUGCUGUCCGACUUUGUACAAAGUUGAAGGCCCGGAAGGUGUCUGUGGCGGCUGUCUUACGAGAUGAGUAG